CCAAAUCAUUGGAAACACACGGACCCCGCGACCAAAAUGGCUAAUCACCUCUCCUUCGUGACCCUCGACGUCUUCACCUCGACGAGGUACACGGGCAACCCGCUGGCGCUGGUCAAGGUUCCGCGGCAUAUCGCGCUGUCCCAGAGCCAGAAGCAACGCAUCGCGCGCGAAUUCAACCUCUCCGAGACGGUCUUCCUGCACGAACAAACGCCGGCGGACAUCGCAGAGGACGACCACGCCGCGCGCGUCGACAUCUUCACGGCCCACGCCGAGGUGCCCUUCGCGGGACACCCGACGGUCGGGACGGCGAACUACCUCCUGCGCCUCCUCGGGGACGAUGCAGCGGGCAAGAACGUGAAAGCCCUGCGCGCCAAGGCAGGCCGCAUUCCGAUCACUCUGGACCCGGCGGCGGACGGGGUCCAGAUCUCCGUCGCGCACAACGUGCACGUCCACAACGCGCCGUACGCCGGGAAACCGUUCGGGCAGUACCCCGUGGUCAGCAUCGUCAGGGGCAUGACCUUCAUCCUGGCCCGGCUGCCCGACCUGGCCGCCCUGGCCGCCGCGACGGAGAACCUGGUCGGGCGGGACGCGACGUACACGUCGGCGCCGGGCCUGGACGCGGGCUGGCGCGAGGGCAUUGUGGUGACGUACUUCUUCGUCGACACGUCGGGGCCCCAGGACCCCGCCUCCGCCUCCGCCUCGGACGCCGCGUCCGGCGCCGACACAACAGUCCGGAGGAGCCUGCGGACCCGGUGCCUGGGCUCGCGCGAGGAUCCCGCCACGGGGAGCGCCGCCUGCGCCCUGGCCGCGUACCUGGCCCUCCAGGCAGGGCGGGCCGGACGGCACCGCUACGCGAUCGUGCAGGGCGUGGAGAUGGGCCAGCGGAGCGAGAUCUUCGUCGACGUCGGCGUCAGGCCCGCCGCCGCGGCGGAUGGCGGGCGGCUGGAGAUCGAGGAGGUCCUCUUGAGCGGCAGCGCCGUGCAGGUCAUGCAGGGAUCAUUGGAGGUGCCUGCGCCAGAUGGCCUGAGUUGAUCAAUUUAAUGAGUGCAGAGAAAAAAGGGGGUCAUUUGAUGGCUUGAUGACCUUGCUCCGUGGUCGCCCGCGAGGCUGGGGAACAGGGGGGCUUAUCGCGAGGCUGUGGGGCGAGGCUGUGGUAAGACAGUCAAAUCUGCGGCAAACAAGGAGGCAAAAGUGGGAGGCAGUUCAACUCUGUCCUACCCAGGUGGAAAUACUUUGAGUACGGAAUGCCUGAAAGGCUAAAGUCUAACCCAUUCAUACAUAGUUGAUCCGGCGAUUGCUCAUUAUUCAUAUUGUGAGAACUGAAUGCUAGAGCCGACCAAGAUACCGG